UUAAAACAUUAUGCUGGACACACAUUUGUAUUGAGAACCCCAAACUAUGGAAACGUUACACAAGUAAACACUAGUCACAUUUUGUAUUUUCCAUACAAGUGUAGGGUAACUGUCUUGCCAGUUAGUCUCCGCCCCUCCCCAGAGUGUGUUGACCAAAAACUUGCAUGAUACGACUCGACUGUGUGAAAUUUGGCUGCCUAUCUACCACAGUUGAACACAAUCAAACAUCUCUCAAGGCCUGCAUUUUCACAGGUUUUUUCUCUGCGUAGAACAUAAUGUCUAAAGGUGAACCUGAAGAAAUGAUAGAGAUCGAGAUAGAUGAGCAGGAGAAGCAGGCAUGCCUGGAGGAAGGUGUUGAGGAGCAGACCAUUACUGCGUCAGAUCUGAUUCAACAAGAUAUUGACAUCAAUGAGCCCAUUGGCAAUUUGAAGAAGCUUUUGGAGCCCCGCAUCCAGAUAUCACUGGAUCCGUAUGAGAUCUGCUUGCAGGACAUUCAGCUUCACCCUGACCACAGCCUCUUUGACCAGGGUGUAAAAACCGAUGGCACCGUGCAGCUCAGCCUGCAGAUAAUAACCAAACCAGGAGAGGAGAAGUUGAACAUUUUGGAAAUUGUGAAGCCGGUAGAAACAGUAGAAGUGGUUAUUGACCCAGAUGCGGGAGAGGAUGGAACGAUGGUAGAGGAGGGUCAACUCAUUGCUGUGGAGCGAUCUGGCCUCUCUGAUGAGACCUCGGAGCAGGUUACACGCUGGGCUGCAGCACUGGAAGGAUACCGAAAAGAGCAGGUUCGCCUGGGCAUACCAUAUGAUCCUGUGCUCUGGUCUGCUGACCAGGUGAUCCACUGGGCAGUGUGGGUAAUGAAGGAGUUCAACAUCGAUGAGAUGGAAAUCGGAAGCAUUCACAUUCCAGGUCGAGAUCUCUGCUUCUUCAGCCAGGAAGAGUUCCUUCAGAAAGUUCCCAACGGAGAGAUACUCUGGAGUCACCUGGAGCUGCUGCGCAAAUAUGUGUUGGCAAGCCAGGACCAGUCUGGUGGGGACGCUACUGUCACCAUUGAUCAGCCCGUACAGAUAAUCCCAACACAAGUAAGCACACCCACUACCAUAAAGGUGAUGAAGCAGAGCCGUGGCCCCAGAACACCGCGUAUUUCAGGAGGAGAGGAGCGAAGCUCACCGGGCAACCGCACAGGCAACAACGGUCAGAUCCAGUUGUGGCAGUUCCUGUUAGAGCUGCUGACAGACAAGGAUGCAAGAGACUGCAUCUCCUGGGUGGGCGAGGAGGGCGAGUUCAAACUCAACCAGCCGGAGCUGGUGGCUCAGAAAUGGGGCCAGCGCAAGAACAAGCCUACUAUGAACUACGAGAAACUCAGCAGAGCCCUCAGGUAUUACUACGACGGGGACAUGAUCAGCAAGGUGCAGGGCAAGCGCUUCGUCUACAAGUUUGUGUGCGACCUGAGAACUCUGAUUGGCUACAGUGCUGCUGACCUCAACAACCUGGUGACCGAGUGUGAACAGAAAAAAUUGGCCCGCAUGCAGAUGCACGGCAUUGGUCAGCCCAUCACCACGGUGACGCUGGCCACCACCGCACUAGACAAAGACAGUUGAAGGAGGACAUGUGAAAACGCUCUCCUGCCGCCAAAGUUUGCUCUCCAGCGCUGAUUGGAAAUCAAAUCAACUUUAUUCUUUUUUUGAUACAACUGUGUUUAUCAGGCACAAAAAUGCAAGGCUGAUCAUUGUGGAUUAACAACUUUGUUAUUAUCUUUACAGUUUGAAGUGAGUCUGAGGCGGUAAAAAUGAAUUAACCAAGAGAUGUGUUCUGGAGGAGGAGGCGGGUGUCUGUGAUGGAGUAUUGCUGCGUGCAUGUUGCUUGAAUGCUUGAGUGAGUGAAUGAGUCCCUUGUCUGUAGUUUAGAAUCAUUUCCACUGUAUAUACCGGUACUUCAUGUUUUUGAUAGCCACCAGGACAAGUGUAUUUUCAUAUUUUCCAUUUAUAGAGGACCUGCUUUGUAUUUUAUUUAGUGUUUGUUCCCUAAAUUGUUGGACCCUUUUUUGUCCACUAGAGGGAAUAAAGUGGCGAGCAUUUUU